AUGUCGAUAACUUCAAAAAAAAUAUCACGAUUAGAAAAAGAAGCAAUUCUACGUGCCAAAGAUGCUGAAUAUAAACGUGAACAAGCAGCAAGUUUAUUUACGAACUCAGCUCAAGAUGAAGAAGAAUUUGAAAAUGAUCGUCAUCGACGUCAUUCAAAGAUGAGACAAACACGUCAAAUACAACGUGAAAUUGACCGUCAAGUAGGAAUGAUAGAUAAAUUCAACGAACGAAGACAACAAGAAUUACAAAAAAAACAAAUACCAACUACAACAACGUCAACACGAAGUUAUCUUACAUCUUUAUCAUCAUCAUCAUCGUCAACAGCAUCAUCGGCAACUGAUCGAGCUAAUCGUGGUGGAGGAGCUACAGAAAAAUACACAACUACCAAACAUACUAGUGGCAGCAAACUCUAUUAA